UUUGCAACUGUGCAGCACUAUUCCUACUGCUCGAGUCGCAACCUAUUCAUGUCGUCGAGGAGCCAACUGCUCUGAAGCGCCUCUUUCUCUGCUUCCUCCGCCCAACUCUGCAGCCUCCAGGCUCAUUUUCGACCGCAACUCUAGUGCUGUUGUGGAGUUGUCUCGCAAAAUAUACGCUGUUCGUGAUGCGUUCCGUGACCUGGUGCUCAACACAACGGCCGUCGGACAGGAAAUCGUUCGGUGCCGGUCCUCCGAUCACGCUUGCUGCUCUAUGCGCGACUGUGAUUGGCGAGAACAUGGAGUACAGGGAUGGGCAGGAUGCAGAAGAAGAACUAAAUACUGAAGAAGACACUGUAGAGUUGCUGUAUGAAGCAGUACCUCCUCUGUACCGCCGAUGGACGUUGCUCUCUCAUGCAGUAAACUUGAUCAUCAGAGUCUGUCCCCCUCAUGCGACCCUGCACAGAAUCCUUCUCGAUAUUACCUUAGAGCAAGGGCUCCCACAUGAAUCGGAGACUCUUCUACGCGCCCUUUUAGACCUCGUCCUAUCUUCCAGCCAAAUUUGUCAUCCCUCGCACUCGGAUUUUUUCACUGAGCUUCGUGGACGAUGGCGUGCUAGUGUGGGACAUACGGAAAAGACGUUCUUGCAAAUAAUGGGUGAUUCCCUGCUCACCAUCUGUACAGCCAAUAUCUGGCUUUCUAAACCUGUAGAUCGGUUCCUACACAGUGCCCCCGUAGACUUCUUUGUCCGCGCUGCUUGCAUCCUGAUAGAAUUUUUGAUCAGUUGUGAUGAGCAAUCGAGCAUCGACCUGUCCAGAAAACUGAUUCGUUGGAUGUACCAUUUUUUCCUGCCCCUGGAUGAAUGGCAUCAUGAUGCGAUACUCGAUCUUAUUGUCUUCUGUGAUGGACUUGAUACGGAUCGGAGCCAGUCAAGAUGGAUCCAAGAAUUCCGUUGCGCGGUUGCUUGUGUGGGCACUCAGCUUUUGCCGAAGUACAAGAAUAACCAUCCCUAUCUUCUACUGGCGUAUUUACGCAAAGUGGUGCCCUUGCCAUCAACCUAUGGGGUUCUAGUGGAACACAUGUUCGUCUCUUCCGCUAGCUUUCGGCAUACCAAAGCGCGACUACAGGAAUGCUCAAUAGCGCUUCGAGCUCACAACCUUCACCAGCUUCACGCGUCCAUGCUAUCCUGUAUACUCUGCCACGUCGAUCACCUGUUGGGUUCUCUCUAUAUCGAGAAAUCAGAGGCGAUGGCCUACCAACAAGAGUUAAUCGAGCUGGUUGAUGACGCUGAGAAGCGUUGUUUUGGAGCGGAGGACAAUGGCGACGGUCAGUUUGUUUGGGAGCCUAUUGUAGGGAGCUGGAUUCGUUCGUCCUGUGAUCUCCCCCCACCCAGGAAACGUUUGAAACGCGUGCACACAUCCAUUCCAGAAGAAUCCGGUUCAACCCACAUCUGUGAUGAAUGGGGCCCUGCAGACCGGACUCUUGCCUUCGCGUCCUUGCUGCGCAACGCUCUUUCUAGUCGGACUAUUUUGCAUCGGCGGACUUCACCUGAGAAGACUCGUUUCUCACCACCCUUAUCAUCGCCCGCUGGACAGUGCCCAUCUUCGGAUGAUGCCCUAAACCUAUUCGUUUAUCCCACCUCUCCCAUUUAGAGUCGAUCUAUAUAUUUUCAACAUCUAGCAUAUAUACAUUAUUACCCACAAAUCCCAUACUUGUAUUAUUUCCUGUAUCCCGUAGUGUCACUCUUACCUCUUCAUUCUUUAUCAACACAUCACCCGCCUGGUUUGAGGUUUGAACAAGAAAAUGAGUAUAGCUCUCAAACUACUAGGAUUGUGUUGCAGCUAAUACUUGUCGUGCCAAAUUCACGUAUUGCAUCGCAUCUUCCUUUUCACUGCCUCCGCUCUCCGUCGUCCUUUCCCAAUGAGAUAAUCCACCGUCUACAAGAGUCCACGCUUCCUCCUCCGUGUGUUCAUCAACCCAUCGAACAUAUUCCGCUUCUUGCCAUCCAUGAAGACUAUGUGGCAGUGGUAUCGGUGAACGGACA